AUGAAGAGCCUCAUAUCGGUCGCAGGGGCACUCUGCCUACUCACCCUCUCCCCCCUCGCCUCGGCCCUCAAAUUCGAACUCCAAGCCCACCACGGCCACGAAUCCGCCAAGCAUGAGCGAUGCAUCCGUAACUUCGUCGCGAAGGAGCAGCUGGUCGUCGUCACGGCCAUCGUCAGCGGAUAUCGGGGGGAUGGGCAGACGCUCAAUAUGCACAUCAAAGAUGCGGUUGGGAACGAAUACGGGCGACCGCGCGACGUGGCGGGUGAGAAUCGGUAUGCGUUCACGUCGCAUGCGAACUCGGCGUUCGAUGUAUGUUUCGAGAACGUGCUGUCGGGGAAUGCGCAAUACGGGAUGAGCCCUUCGCGAAUGGUUGAACUCGACAUCGACAUCGGCGCCGACGCGAAAGACUGGUCGCAAGUCCAGGCGCAGGAGAAGCUGAAGCCGCUGGAGAUCGAGCUGCGGCGGAUCGAGGAGACGGUGGGGGAGGUCGUCGGGGAGAUGGAUUACCUCCGCGAGCGCGAGCAGAAGCUGCGAGACACGAACGAAAGCACCAACGAGCGCGUGAAAUGGUUCGGGAUGUGCACGAUCUUCGUGCUGAUCGGGUUCGGAGGGUGGCAGGUUGUCUACUUGCGGUCAUAUUUCAGGUCAAAACAUCUCAUCUAA